UGCACGAAAUGUCAAAGUAUAAAAAAGACGUAUUUCGUAAAUAGCGCCCAUUUCACGUUUGACAGUCAACGAAGUAUCAUAUCUCUUCAACCAACCAACCAACCCAAGAUGUCUGGACGCGGCACAGGAGGAAAGCUGAAGGUGAAGAAGCAGACGCGGUCGUCGCGAGCAGGGCUGCAGUUCCCCGGCGGACGGAUCAACCGAUACCUACGGAAAGGCAACUAUGCCGAUCGCAUCAGUGCCGGUGCCCCGGUCUAUCUGGCUGCCGUGCUGGAAUAUCUGACUGCAGAAGUUCUCGAGCUGGGUGGAAACGCUUCACGGGACAACAAGAAGACUCGGAUCACCCCACGCCAUCUGCAGCUAGCCAUCCGGAUUGACGAGGAGUUGAACCGGCUUAUGCUCGGGGUCACGAUUUCGAAGGGCGGCGUUUUGCCAAACAUUCAUGCCGUCCUGCUGCCGAAGAAAACCCAGGAAAAGCGGAACCAGGAGGAAUCAUUGGCGAAAGCGAAUUAAAUUCUGACUGCGUCGUUAACAAACC